AGAUACAUAAUUUAACAUGUUUGUUUGGGCUCGCUUAGAAUUGAGAUGCAAGUUCUUUGGCAACUGUAAAGGAGAUGUGCCCUUGGGCCGCCAUGGUGGGCAUAGCAAAGGCGGAGAGAAACAUCGGGAGGAUUCAGACAGGAGCUUCAAGUGCAACAUUUCUUUUGUUUUCCUGCUUGAGCGAAGCUCAUCUUUUCAUCCCUUGAAGGAACUUCAGCUCAGGAGGAAGAUGAAAGAUAGUGUCACUGAAGAACACCUAUAUUUGGGUUUUUCUCAUCAGUAUAGAGAUAGUAUCUUUCCUCUUCAUACAUCUAUUUCACUGUUUUUGCUAUCCUACUGUGACUGCAAAUUAUUCAAAAUUUUCUUAGUGCCGACUGGUGAAGAUGUGGAUGAUCAGUUUGUGACAAAAAACCUCCUUGGCAGUCUUGAAGUCCAUUUAAUCUCCAGGAGUGAGCUUCCAGUGGUUGUACAGAGCUGCUGUUUACCUGCUGUUGUUGGGAAAGAUGGGAAGUUCUGCCGAGCUGGGCUUUCUGUUGUCUUAAGGCAUGUAAUACAGAAAACAUAUGAGGCAGAUCCAUCUAAAAAGGAUGUUUUGGAACUAUUAGGCUUUAAGAAGACCUGCUUAAAAGCCUGUGCUGAAGUUAGCCAGUGGACCAGACUCUGUGAGAUCAGCAUACCUCUGGCUGUUGAAGAAUUUUUGACAGCGUCUCCUGAUCACUGUCAGACUAUUCCUCCUGCCAUUUUACAGCUUGAAAGGAAGCUUGGAGAACCUGUCCGAGUACAUAAUGAUGACAAAAUUCGAAGGCAAAAACUUCAGCAACAAAAGGCUGCGGUGCCUCUACUUGCUAAAGCAGCAGCAGAAGAAGGAAAACCAGUGGAAAUGUGUGAACAUCCACUCCCAAGUCUGGAACUGAGCAUAGCUUUCUCCAAGCUACUUGUCCAGGAAGCAUCAGAUGCAGUCAACAGGGAGGCCCCUCACAUCAGGAGAACAAAAACCUCAGACCUUCCACUUUUGGACCACGUUUUUGCAGAAGGGCUUUAUUUUACUGUGGCAGACAUUGUGCUUUUGCCAUGCAUCCAUCAGUUCUUGGUUUCCUGCAAAACCCAAGGCAAAAAUCUGUUAAAUUUGCCUCUGAUAUCCAGCUGGUAUCGAAGAGUUCAAGAAGUACCUGGAGUAAAGAAAGCUGCUGGCAAAUGCAGUAUGGAGUUUCUCCAGCUUCCAGAGUUGAUGUCUGCUUCAGAGGAACAGUUGCAAGACUUUUUUUCAGUUCCUGAUGAAUUAGAAGAGGACAAUGAAGACAGUCAUUUUAUAGGUGGUCCAAGGCCAACUAUGACUAAGUUAAUGGAGAAUGGUGUUGAAGCAAAGUUUGUUCCUCAUCCAUGCCCCAGUUGGACCCUAGACUGGACCCAUCUACCACCUGCAGUCAGUCCUGGAGAAGGAAAGAUGUCCAAAGACCGGGCUCUAAGGAAGCAGCAGCAAUUGAAUAAUUUGGCGUCAGCAGUGACGAAGCUUGCUAAGCCUGGAGAUGUGAUUGUGGAUUUUUGCAGUGGAGGGGGCCAUGUUGGAAUUGUUCUUGCUCACAUGAUGCCAUCGUGUCAGGUGGUGCUCAUAGAAAAUAAGGAGUUGUCUCUGAUCCGUGCUAAAGACAGAAGUGAUGAAUUAGGUUUAAACAAUAUUUGGUUUAUUCAAGCAAAUUUGGACUAUUUUAAUGGGACUUUUAAUAUUGGGGUGGCUCUGCAUGCAUGUGGUGUGGCAACUGACAUGGUGAUCGAGCACUGCAUCAAGGCACAGGCAGCCUUUGUCAUCUCCCCUUGUUGUUAUGGCUUCAUUCAAAACACAGUGAAGUUUCAAUACCCACGAAGUCAUCAGUUCAAAGAAAUUUUGUCCUAUAAGGAGCACAUGACCCUCUGCAGAUUUGCAGAUCAGACAGCUGUUCAGCUUCCACCUGAACGCAGACUAAUUGGAAAGCAGUGUAUGGGGCUUGUGGAUUUGGAUCGGGCAUGGGCUGCAGAAGAACAGAACUACUCUGUCCAAGUUAUAUCUAUGGAGCCAGAGAGUUGUUCUCCAAAGAACAAUAUGCUUGUGGGCAUCCCUACUUAAGAGUGUGAAACUUGCAUUCGAUUUGAACUUGAACAUAAAUCUUCAGUGCAUAAUGACAUCCAGCAGAUGCAAGCAUAGCUGGGAACCAGACAUUGGGCCCGUUGCAUCCGAAAAAGGAAGCAGCACAGAAAGUCUUAAAAAGUGAACUGCAUGCAGAGCAUCACAAAUCGCACUUGCAAUGUGUCAUUAAGCAACUUUUGGUUCUCUUCCUGAGAAGCUUCUGGAUCUAAUGACUGUGUGUGGAAUCAUAUCCAUCUGCAAAGGUUUAAAAACCAGUUGGUCUCACUGAAGAGAAGGUGAUUUCCUUUUUAGUAAAGCUGUCUUGGCUGCUUCAAAACUGCAUUUGUGUUUAUAAGCAGAGCAGUUAUCAGCUAAUAACACAGAUCGUUAGAGGAACAAAAAAGAUCAACUUUAUGGUGUCAGUGAAGAAGGCUGUGCAGCAGGUGGUGGCUUGACUUUGCUAAAGAAUUCCAUGCUUCUGUAGGAAAAUUAUUUUUAAUAAAAGUUCAUCAGAAUACUUA